UUCACCUCUCACCAAUUCCCAUUCGUCUCCCUUUCUUUGCCAUUCAUUCGACUCGUAACCAUGGACACUGUUCAGCAAGAGCUCUUUGGCGGUGCUAUCACCAUGGACUUACCCCGCAAAUUUGAAAAUAUCAGUCAUGUCCGAGAGGUGCCUGAUCAUCAGGAGGUCUUUGUGAACGUGGACGAGGACCAGAGUGUGAUUGUGGAGAUCUUGGAGCUGGCAGCUGAAGCCUCCAACGAGGCAUGUGCCGCAUUCCACUAUCAGCAAUUGGCCGAAGAUAACGAUGCUGAGGACGCGUCCGUGAUCCAGAGCGUAUCUAUUCUCAACAAUGCAGAACUUCCAACUUGGCCUGCCGAGGCGAAGAUCUACCUCCUCCUGGGCCAGCAGCGCAUCGCAAAGUUCAACGAACGCCAACGCCAGCAGGAAGCCCAAGCCCAGGCGCAAGCAGGCUCAUCAUCGGCCGACGCCCGCAACCUCGUCCAAAUCAUGAUGCUCGUCGUCCGUCUCCCCCGCCAGGGGACCGACCUCGUGAUCUCCUACAAUGUCCCUCUCCAAAUCUCCGAGUCCAGCUCUUCUAAGCAGGUCGCGCAUGAGGGCAGUAUCCAGGAGGCCGAAGUGUGGUUCCGAACCCUCGUGGGAACUUUCCAGGUCAGGGACUGGGGCCUCUUUGGGAACUGAACUGAGUAGAAUACAGAAGGGCACGGACGGAUGCGAUUGAAUACAUUAGGAUAGAUCAACACCAUGCAAAAAGAUAAUAAAUAAAAGAGGAGUCCAGCG